GUCCACACACUGUGUAUCAGUUGUGUGGCACUGCUGAUCUGUGGUUGCCCACGCAAUGAAGUGCCCUCUCCCUUUCUCUUGCUCACUUUCUGUCAUCUAUAUUUGUGCGUUUCAUUUCAUCUCUUGUGCACUGGAGGAGAAAACUUAGUGUGUAGUUCCUGUUUUGAGCGUCUUAAUGCUUAAUGCGAAGGUUGAAGAAGAGGACAUGAAGCCAGUCUGCUCUCUUUUGGCCUUGGUCUUGACUAUGCAGCUGCUUACAGCUGCAUCUGGUCACAGUGAUGUAGCGAUGAACAUCACGGCUGGUUUGGGUCACAGCGUUACAUUCAGAUGUCCUUCAACCCACAGCAAACCUGUUAACGGCUUGUACAUACAGAGAGUGAAAAAUGAUAAAGAAGUGUUCAUCAAUGGGUUUUAUAAAGGCCACCCCAUGCCAGUAAAUCCUGAGUACCAGAACAGAACAAAAGUGAAUGAAAUGGAGCUCAGCAUGGAGAUGAGAAACAUCUCGGUCUCUGAUGAAGGACUGUAUAAAUGUUAUGUUUUAAACAACAUAUUAAACACGCCUGAUAUCACACUUGAGAUUCUCCUCAAAGUCACAGCCGAGUACAGCGUUCCCACAGUCAGGACAAACUGCAGUGAACAUAAACACAGUGAUGGUGGCACAGGGAUGAGCUGUCAGUUAAGCUGCUCGGCGAUGGGUGGUUACCCGCGGAGCACCAUCACAUGGAUGGGGCUUAAUCCAAGUCUGACGAGCGUCGUUUAUAACUGGAAUUCCGCAGAUAACGACUCCAAAACAUGGACCAUCAACCAAACCAUCAUGUACAACUGCAAACAACUAACCAAUGUUGGCUGUGCCAUAGGGGGCGCUCUUUCCUACACCGUCACCAUAUGUCACAGUGAUGUAGCGAUGAACAUCACGGCUGGUUUGGGUCACAGCGUUACAUUCAGAUGUCCUUCAACCCACAGCAAACCUGUUAACGGCUUGUACAUACAGAGAGUGAAAAAUGAUAAAGAAGUGUUCAUCAAUGGGUUUUAUAAAGACCACCCCAUGCCAGUAAAUCCUGAGUACCAGAACAGAACAAAAGUGAAUGAAAUGGAGCUCAGCAUGGAGAUGAGAAACAUCUCGGUCUCUGAUGAAGGACUGUAUAAAUGUUAUGUUUUCAACAACAUAUUAAACACACCUGAUAUCACACUUGAGAUUCUCCUCAAAGUCACAGCCGAGUACAGCGUUCCCACAGUCAGGACAAACUGCAGUGAACAUAAACACAGUGAUGGUGGCACAGGGAUGAGCUGUCAGUUAAGCUGCUCGGCGAUGGGUGGUUACCCGCGGAGCACCAUCACAUGGAUGGGGCUUAAUCCAAGUCUGACAAGCGUCGUUUAUAACUUGAAUUCCGCAGAUAACGACUCCAAAACAUGGACCAUCAACCAAACCAUCAUGUACAACUGCAAACAACUAACCAAUGUUGGCUGUGCCAUAGGGGGCGCUCUUUCCUACACCGUCACCAUAUGUCACAGUGAUGUAGCGAUGAACAUCACGGCUGGUUUGGGUCACAGCGUUACAUUCAGAUGUCCUUCAACCCACAGCAAACCUGUUAACGGCUUGUACAUACAGAGAGUGAAAAAUGAUAAAGAAGAAGUGUUCAUCAAUGGGUUUUAUAAAGGCAAAAAUGUACAAGUAAAUCCUGAGUACCAGAACAGAACACAAGUGAAUGAAAUGGAGCUCAGCAUGGAGAUGAGAAACAUCUCGGUCUCUGAUGAAGGAUUGUACAAAUGUUAUGUUUUCAACAACAUAUUAAACACACCUGAUAUCACACUUGAGAUUCUCCUCAAAGUCACAGCUGAGUACAGCGUUCCCACAAUCAAAAAAGACUGCAUUAAACGCAAUGACGGCAGCACAGGGGAGAGCUGUCAGUUAAGCUGCUCGGCGGUGGGCGGUUACCCGCAAAGCACCGUCACAUGGGUCGGGCUUAAUUCAAGUGAGAUGAGUGGCUUUUACAACCGGAAUUUAGCAGAUAAUGUCUCCGAAACAUGGACCAUCAACCAAACCAUCAUAUUCAACUGCGACCAACCAAUCAGUGUCAGCUGUGCCAUAGCGGACGCUGUUUCCUACACCAUCACCAUAUGUGAGAAAGAAUCUUUCUCACUUCAGGUGAUCAUAGCUAUCAUCGUCGUGCUUGCGUUUGUCCUGUUAAUUCUUGUCAUAAUUGUGAUGAAGUGCUGCUGUAGAAGAUCAGAAACACGUCGCUUAGAGGAUCAAGUGGACGGUGCUGAUAUUCCUUUAGCCGACUGCCAUUCACAGCUUGAGAACGUGACGACGAAACCCUGAGGAGAUGCGAGGAGAGUUUCGCCGUUCUGUCUAGCGGAAGUGCAUCGGCCCCCAGAGCUCUGACGGACAUAUAGGGCAAAUUGUCUUUAAAGCGGCUUCACUUCGGUGUUGAAGCAGGGCCUGACGGACUCUUUCACAGAGCAGUGCUGCCACAUUUGAACAAGCUUUUGAGAAUGUUCCCUUCGCUUCCCCGGCCCAGUCAUUCAUUUGGAAGAGCACAUCAUUUCCUCAGCGUCCUGAAGAUUCCUAAAGAGACAUUUCAGGUUUAUGUUGCUGGAAGAGGAACUAGAUGGCUAAAAUUGCGCGAUAUACUUCACAAUCUCCUGUUUAGUGUUUCAAAUAGUGCCACUUUAGUCCAAGGAGUGGGAAUUUAAAAGUUCAGACCAUUCUUAAGACUGAACUGAAGUAUAUUCUGAUUUGCGCCAGUUGUAUGGUUGAUAAAAUAACAAUAAAAGACAGUUUUGGUAACUGUUGUCUAUGUUCAUUUAAGAAUAUGAUGUUGAAAUGGUCUUAUGCUGGCACAUUUCAUUUGCUUCUAGAAGCUGAUGUGUUUGAAGCUUUAUUUUUUUAAAGCCAGUUCUCAGACGAGCUAAAGAAACAGAAAGAAAUCAAAUACUGUUACAAGAUUUUUGCUGUUAAUUUCCCCAAAAUGCAAAGUUUACCGUCGCAUUACUGUACGCCAUCUGUCUAUUCAUGUGUACAAAAAUGACUGUUCUUUUUUUUUUACACAACCACAUUGACAUUUACUGACAUUUUGACAUUUACAAAAAUUUUUUUAUUGUUUUUUUUUAUAUUGUAAAACCGUUCUCAAGGUGACAGUUACGGGAUAUUUAAGUUUCAAUUAAAAUAAAAUCUGUUUCCCUGUGGAAAUGUCUUAUGCACUUUGCUUUCUGACUGCUUGAAAAAACUCUUACUGUAAUUUAUGAUUAAAUUAUUUGUGUGUUUCUCAAAAAAGAUGAAAUAAAAAAUGAAAUAAAAAUUUAAAUCUGUUUGUCAAUAA